AUGUCUUCCAAAUUCACCAUCCCUCAACUCCUUGUCCUCCUCCCCUUCCUCGGCCUCGCCAUUGCUGCACCAGCUCAAAAGUCAACCGCCAAAGCAACACCCACCUCCGCGGCCCUCAGUAACGGCCUUAUGGCGAGCAAUCUAAAGCCCACCUGUGCGCCAGGCGGAAACAUCGACCUCUCAAAAUGGACUCUCCAACUACCGAUAGGAACAACAGGUCAUCCCGAAUCCAUCAGCGGUUCCAAGCUCGCAGGGUGCAAUGGAUACACCCAAAAAGAUUAUUUCUACACCAACACCGAUGGUUCCGUUGUGAUGAAAGUUCCAGGCGGAGUGUCUACCGGCUGCGUCACCACCCCCAACUCCAAGCACUGCCGCACUGAGCUCCGCGAAGCCAGUCCCAGUUCCUGGGAUCCUAGCUCUUCUAGCAAUAAACUCAGUGCUACUCUCCAAGUAAUUACCGCUGAUGAUUCAACCCACGGGACUGUCAUUGGACAAAUCCAUAUCGAUGAUAGCGUGUCUUCCAAGCCCGUGUGCGAGCUAUUUUAUAACUCUAAGGGAGCGAUUUCAAUAGGUGUUGAACAAACUAGAGCUGGUGGUAAUGAAAUUGUUACCCAAGUGGGGAGUGUAGCUGUGGGAUCUAAGUUCUCGUAUGAGAUUGCCUAUCAGGGGGGAGAAUUGACUGUGGCUAUUAAUGGGGGCGCGGCGAAGGUUUUGGAUACUUAUCAGUUGGAUAGUCCGAAGAGUUACUUUAAGGCUGGGAAUUAUAAUCAAGGAGAUAGCAAGUCUGAGGUGCAUUUCUUUGCUAUUGAUGUUCAGCAUUGA